CAGUGUGGAAUAGCUGAAGUCAAAUGCUCUCCUUGAAAGACGGACCAUGAAGUCGGUGCAGAGCUGUGUGGUCCUGUUUUUCUUGGGCUUUUUGUUUGAUACGGUGUUGUCUUUGGAUCCCAGGGACCCUAAUGUCUGCAGCGUAUGGGAGAGCUUUCCAACACUUGUUAAGGAAUCUUACGAGUACCCGUUUGAUCAAGUGUAUGAAGAAUCUUGCACAGAACCCUGGAGUACACAUAAAUGCAUCCGUCACAGAAUUACGUACAAAACAGCGUUCAGACAGGCGGUGAAAACCGACCAUCGCAGGAGAUACAAGUGCUGCCCGGGAUUCUAUGAGAGCAGAAAUAAAUGUGUCCCACGCUGCACUAAAGAGUGUGUCCACGGGCGCUGCGUGGCCCCAGACCGCUGCCAGUGUGAAGCUGGCUGGCGAGGAGAAGACUGUUCCAGCUCCUGUGACGUGAAGCACUGGGGCCUGGGCUGCAGGAAACUGUGUGAGUGUGAAAACGGAGGCCAGUGUGAUGUGAAGACGGGCUCUUGCCAGUGUCCUCCGGGCUUUAGAGGGCGUAACUGCAAGGAGCCCUGCCUCAAUGGGACCUUCGGGAAGGGCUGCAGCCAGCACUGCAAAUGCGGGACAGGAGGAACCUGCAACAAAGCGUCAGGAGAGUGUGUGUGCAGAGAGGGAUUCACUGGCACACUCUGUCAGAUCUCAUGUCCGAGGCCUGGGCGCUGCAUGCCACGAUGCCCGUGUCAGAAUGGAGGCAUCUGCCAGGGCAAUGGAGUGUGUGAGUGCCCGCCUGGGUGGACGGGAGCAGUCUGUACAGAGCGUUGUGUGGAAGGCCGCUAUGGUGUGAACUGUAAGGAGGAAUGUUUAUGCCAUAAUGGAGGUCGCUGUGACCCUGAGACUGGAAAGUGUUUUUGUGCUGCGGGCUUUACUGGGGAAAGGUGUCACGAGGAGUGUGCAGUGGGCAGUUACGGUCAAGACUGCAAGGGCGUGUGUGACUGCACAAACGGGGCGCGGUGCUAUAACAUUAACGGGGCCUGUCUGUGUGAGCCGGGCUUCAAGGGUCCGCAGUGCAGCAAGAGGAUGUGUCCCGAGGGAACAUUUGGAAUACACUGCGAACAGCGCUGCCUCUGCAACACUGCACACACUCUCAGCUGUCACCCUCAGAAAGGCGAGUGUACAUGUCAACCGGGCUGGACUGGUCUCUACUGCAAUGAGACCUGCGCUCAUGGUUACCAUGGCCACGGUUGCCUGGAGCCCUGCUUGUGUGUGAACGGAGGGGUGUGCGACCCAGUGACUGGCAAGUGCCAGUGUGCUCCGGGCUACACGGGCACCCAUUGUGAGAAGUUCUGUGAGCAAGGGAAUUAUGGGAAAGAGUGUUCGUCCCAUUGCGCCUGUUCAAACCACGUGGCCUGCUCACCCAUUGACGGGACCUGUUACUGCAAAGAGGGCUGGACCGGUCCGGAUUGUUCCGUCCCCUGCGCCGGCGGGACGUGGGGCCCGGGCUGCAACGCCACGUGCCGCUGCCUCAACGGGGCGUCAUGUAACCCGGCCGACGGCUCGUGCACGUGCGCGGCGGGCUGGAGGGGAGCUCUCUGCGACCAGCCGUGUCCGGUCGGGAGGUUCGGAGUGGCCUGCGCGCAGAAGUGCGACUGUCUCCACGACGAAGGUUGCCACGCGGUUACGGGAAAAUGCUUGUGUCUCCCGGGCUGGACGGGACCUCGCUGUACCCAGCAGUGUACUGAAGGCUUUUGGGGUCACCAGUGUAACCAAAGCUGCUCUUGCCUCAAUGGCGCCACCUGUCUGCCACACAGUGGUACCUGCCAGUGUAAGCCUGGCUAUUGGGGAACCAGGUGUGAGCAUGUGUGCAGUGCUGGUAUGUAUGGGGAGAAGUGCAGUAGGCCAUGUCCUCUGUGUGUACAUGCCUCCUCCUGUCACCCAAUCACAGGGCAGUGUCUCUGUCUCCCCGGUUACACUGGAGCCCUCUGUGAACAAGCCUGUCCGGUGGGUUACUAUGGGAAGCAGUGUAGCAACAUCUGCAGAUGUUCAAACAAUUCAACGUGUCACCACCAGGAUGGGUCCUGUCACUGCCCGGCAGGCUGGACCGGCCCAGACUGCUCCUUACAGUGCCAGGCAGGAACGUUUGGCAUCAACUGUGCCCAGACCUGUUCCUGUCCGCCCAACCAGUCAUGUGACCCACACACAGGAGAGUGCGUGUGUGAACCUGGGCCAGGGGUGGACUGCCAACAGGAGCGUGUGGUGAGUGUAAUGUUGCCUGCCUCUCCGGUGGAGAAAGAUUCGUGGGGAGCGAUCGUGGGGAUUGUCAUCUUGGUUCUGCUGGUGGUUUUGUUACUGGCCGUGCUGUUGCUGUACAGACGGCGACAGAAAGACAAACAGAACAACACCCCCACCGUGUCCUUUUCAUCCACCCGAACCGUCAACUCGGAGUAUGCCGUGCCCGACAUUCCCCACAGUUACCAUCACUAUUACUCCAAUCCCAGUUACCACACGCUCACCCAGAACAGACCCCCCCUGCCCCACGUCCCCAACAACCAGGACCGCUCCUUCAAGAACAACAAUAAGAAACUUUUCAGUAGCGUGAAGAAUAUGGAAAGAGAGAGGAGGGGUCUUUUUGGCGUGGAGAGUAACGCCACUCUCCCCGCUGACUGGAAACACCAAGAGCCCCCUAAAGACCCAGGAGCUUUUGGAAUUGACCGUAGUUACAGUUAUAGUGCCAGUUUGGGAAAAUACUACAGUAAAGAUUUGAAGGAGUCCUGUGCGGCAGUGAGCAGCAGUUCUCUGAACAGUGAGAACCCCUACGCAACCAUUAAAGACCUGCCUGGACUGCUCCCCUCCCCCCCAGAGAGCAGCUACAUGGAGAUGAAAUCGGCCGUGUCCAGGGAGAGGUCUUACACCGAAAUCAGCCCUCCCGCGCUGAGCUCUACGGCCUCAAACAGAGAACACUGUUCCCUUGGAAACGUUCCAGAACAGGAAUCUCAGAACCAUUACGACCUGCCAGUCAACAGCCACAUCCCUGGGCAUUAUGACCUCCCGCCAGUACGCAGACCACCAUCCCCGUCACCACGGCAACUGCCCCGCUAACAUCUGCCCUCAACGGACCAGCGCGAGGCAUUCUGGAAUGUACCUUCAGUGUUCUGAGAGACUCCACAGGACUUGCACCAGCACAAUACUGCCACCUAGAUGACUGCCUUUACAUUGUGUGAUUUCACAGUACAGCAAAGACUCAAAACUAAUGGAGAAAGUGCUACCUGAUUAGCCCUUUUUCUGGGGCAUUCUGUUUCAGUUUCAUUAAA